AUGUCUCACAAUGACUGGCUCGGCAAAGGGAACGAUGCCUAUCACUUGAUUUCUCCUAUCACCCCAAAGUCAGACAUUAGUACUGGCGAAUUAUUAUCGGUCGCACCCCCCUCCCCCCCAAGAAGUCGAUAUUGGACGAGAACAAUCAUUGGCCUGCUUGUACCCCUCAGCGUUACGGGUUACUACUACUGGAUAUGGCAGUACCUUCUGUCCCGACCGCAAGACGACGCAAUCAAGUUUGGGUCAGCAACCGAAAUUUGGGUGUACUAUUCCUGGUUCAUCAUCGGUGUUUUUGCCCUGGAAUGGUCUAAGCAUGGCCUCGUCGGAGUUGAAGUUGCCAUGCUAGAGACGAAGACGUUUGGGGCGCGUCACCUGGUUGCACUCUUAAGCCACAGCGAGGGGACCUGGAGCGGACCUGGCGGCUGGUUCAAAUGCAUCACAAAAGCCUUCAAGAAGAAUCAAAGCGGAGCAAAGACCAGUCUGGGAGAUUCUCUGAAGACCUACAAACUCUGGUACAUCCUCGCCUUCAUCAGCCUGUCUCUGUACGUCGGAAUGCCUCUCUCGGGUCUGACUAUGGAGCUAUCUGAUGGAUAUGUUCGGUUGAAAGAGGCUCCGAUGGUAGUUGGCCGAAACUCGACAAAUUUUCACAAGAGAUAUGAAAUACAGGGUGAAACCACCAAAGAGCCCGCGCCGCAGGCCCUUUGGCAAAUGGGAUCCCCUGCCACACUACCCGGUAUCGGAAUUAUAUUCACUCCAGACUGUUUCAAUCGUGAAGGCCACGACAAUUUAGCCGAGACUCCAAAUCGUCUCCCAACAGACCAAAGGAUUCCUGAGAUGUUCAUCGUACCGCAGGCGCUUGGGCCAAUUUCUGGCAGGCCGUGGGGUCUUCGAGUCGGAUACAACUGCUCAAUUGUCGAGGAUGUUUCUGAGUUUACUGUUCUGGGCCACUACACGGGUCAUUGGUGCCGUUCGUUUUGGCCAUCACAUGGGAACUCGACAAAACCCUGCGCCACGGCUCAAAUGUUUGAACGCACCAACAUAUGGUCAUACUCCGAGGUGGGGAGCAGGUUGGACGUGAAAGAAACACAGGCUUCCCAAGAUACCAUUGGCAACAAACCGGAGCCGCUCGUCUCAACUGACACCCAAGUCAACGUUCUUGAAUGGGCUGUCUGGCAGGCACGAACGAAUGCUUCUGUUGAUGCUACAGUUGAUGGGAAAGUUAUCGAGAUUGAAGAUUUCAACAGUACCGUCGGCACUACCGUCCGGGGAAUCGGUUCACCUUUCAUGAAGGCUAGUAACGGGUCCUGGUUCAUGAACACCACGUUCUUCGAACAGAGGAAUUAUACAAACGAAGUGGAUAUUACAACAAAGAAAAAUGUAACGAAGGACACUUGGAACAAGUUUGAUCACCCCCGCGGCACCAUCCAAGCUGCUGCUGCUAUUGGAGUCCGCUGUACCGUAAGAUCGGUGUUCGGCUCAGCAACGGUCGAUGCAAGAACAUCCAGCUUUUUUGAUUUUCAAAACGAAGAACCAACUCCGUAUGACGAUCCAGAAGUAAAUGCGGAAGAGCCGGUGAGCCGACUAGGCACCAUCGUGGAGGCUGUGGCAAGUGCGGCCAGUUUGGAGGACAUUUUCAAGUCAAUCAACAUUCGAGCCACGACGUCUGAGUCCAACUCAGUUCUGGUUUCCAAAUUUGUAACCUCAGAAGAUCUGCAGAAGUCAGUCUACUUGGCAUGGGGCCAAGAAGUUCUUAACCAUAUGUACGACAGCGUCUACGGUUUCGAAACCAGCUGGCCCUACGCAAACUUGACUUCAUCCAAGAAAGGCAAAGUCUUGACGAAAGGGGAGCUUCCACCGUUAGUGGCGGUGAUUCCCUUUGGCAUCUGGGCCGUUGGGUCUUGUGUACUCGGGAUCUUGUUUGGAUUCAGACGGAGGUUGGCGGAUUCGUUGAAUGGAUUCAGCUUCUUCCGUUUCGGAGUGUACUCCGCAGACAAACUGAAGACCGAGGAAAUCCUGCGUGCUAAGGAAGCUGAAGACGUUGCGACGUUGUGGAAUCUGCCAGGCACAUUGGAGGAAAGACCAAGAUACAGAAGCUGA